GUGGCGUACGUGUCGCAUCAUGGAUUGUGUCUUUGUGUUGUGAUUGUGUUUAAGUGACUGUGGAAGCAUGAUGCCUCUCGCACCGACACCUGUGGUCGCGGUGCCAUCGAAACCGAAAAUUGGAUUUAGUAUAGACAGUAUUGUGGGUGCUGAGAAGCAAACUUCGCCGCCGCUCGGCAGUCCCGGGUCGCCUUCGCCCGUCGCUUCACCCCGGAGUCCGUCUCCGAGACCAUUGUUGCGACCUAGCGCGUUACCAGCUAUGUUUCCCUCGCCUGAGCUGAAGAGGCUACCGUAUUUAGACGCUCAAACACAUCACCACCAGUUCUUAGCGCAUUUUCAAGGCGCGGCGCUAGCUGCGGCCCUCGCUCAUCAGCAGCAAGGGUUUGGAGCUCCCCUACCUCCACACCCACCUCCUCACCCCACGGCCCCGGUGCCCAGGGAGUCCUAUCAGCUCUACCCGUGGCUAAUCAAUAGGCAUGGAAGGAUUUUCCCGCAUAGAUUUCCUGGAGGGCCAGACAUCCCCGGUUUCCUCCUGCAGCCCUUCAGAAAACCGAAGAGAAUCAGAACAGCCUUCUCACCUUCACAACUUCUUAAAUUGGAGCACGCAUUUGAGAAGAACCAUUAUGUGGUCGGGGCAGAAAGGAAACAGCUGGCUCAGGCCUUGAGCUUGACAGAGACACAGGUAAAAGUGUGGUUCCAAAACAGAAGAACAAAGCAUAAAAGAAUGCAGCAAGAAGAAGAAGCAAAGACUGGCAAGUCUAGUUCCUCUGGCAACAAGCCUGAUGAGCAUUUCAACAACUCCUACGAUGAAGACGAAGAAUUAAUAGAUAUGGACAUGGAUGACCUUAGUGAAAGUGAAAAUGAAACGUAAAGUGAAAUGAACACUAGAGACUUGUAAAUAUGGUUGUAAAUUAAUUGUAUCGUAGAUAAAACAAUUCUACUUAUUUAUUAAUUGGAUAGUUUUUUUAAAGACUCGAAAAUAGUAACUGUUCGAACCUAUUAUUUUAUUGUGUAAUGGCCACGGGCAGAUCCUAUGGCGCUGUAUCUUUAUGAGCUUUUUAUGGAACUAAUGAAAAAUUUCAACUAAACAAUUUUAAUAUUUACUAUGUGUUAUUCAAUGCGCGUACAUAUAUUAUGAAAUUGAUAAAAUUUCUAUAAUUUUGUAGUUAACGACUCCAUUGAAUUCAUAAAAUGAUAUAGCAGUUAUAAAUGAAUUAAAUUAUAAAAACAUUCAUAAAUCGAUUUAAAUUCCGAAUAAAUCCUACUUCACUAAGCGUCAUAUAUUAAAAGCAUGUCAUUAAACUACAAAAUGGCCUCUUGUUAGCGCAUCAGAAUUAUUAGAUAAAUUAAAUUGGCCGCAUUAUAAUAGUUUUGGGAUUAAAUUAAUUAAAAAUGCCUCCUUUGAUGCGUUCAGUGAUGUGGGUUUAAUUAGACAGUUUGAUUUUUAACGCUGAUAGUUGGUAGAGAGAGAGGGCAUGAAAUGUCAAAAUGGUAGAGCGGGAAACCAUAAACUAUAGAUGGAGGCGAUUAAGUGCGUCGUUUGUGGGCCUAUUAUUAAGAGGUGCGUUCAGAAAUGGUAUCAAGGUUUGGGAUCACGUUCGGUAAUUGCUCGCGACGAAAUAAAAUUGUUUAUAAACUGUUGAUAGCUAGUUCGGUUAUUUGUCCAUGAGUCUGAUAAAUAUCGUUACUUUCACGCGUGUGAUACUAUUGUCUAUGGUAGAUGAUUUUUGUUUUGUCUUAUUGAUACCGCGAUGUUUGUUGCCAUGGUUAAACAGAUAGCAACUAAUGCAUCAAUGUUGUUUCUACUUAAGCUGAACUGUACAACAUUUACUAAACGAUGGGAAGGGUUGUUCAAUAAUUAUAUGUUCGUAUAAAAAGUUCAGUUCUAGACCAAAAGCUCUUUAUUUAACAUUACCACCCACAUGUAAAACACAGUAAAAGAAUCGCAUUUUAAUUGCGUCCGUGCGAUACGGAGUUGAAAAUGAAUCGUUUAAUUUGAAGUCGACUGAGCGUGGGAGCUUGUAAUACCUAUUGUUCCUUGAAUUCGCAAAAACUCAAAUAUUACCCUUUUUAACAUUAGAAAAUUUUGUGUUUGUAAUUUUGUUUAAAAAAAAUCAAAUUUCCACAUUUAUAAUGAAAAUUCGACACGUUAGAUCAGGUUAGCUUAAUUAAGUAUUAUUUCUGGUCUCUCUUUUGAUUUUCUUUGUUCUAUAUGAAACUUCAAAUAAUAGACUAACAGAUUUUUCUUUAAAUUCAUUAAAUAAGCGAGCACAAAAUCUGUCACUUUAAUAAGGACGUAUCGUAUUUUUAAAUCAACUAACAUUGCAACUCCUUUGUCUAUGUAUAUAUAGUCGUCAUAGGCCCGUUCAUAUAGACCCAUACAUAGGCAGUUCAGUAGUCUUCCAACGAUUCAUAACUGGAAUCCAGCAUGGUAGUCUUUAUGCAUCUGAUAUAUUUAAUCUAUGGAACGGACCGAUUACGCGCGUAAUUUGUACUUUCUUUUCCGUCCUUUGUUCGGUGAUUUACGGAUCUCAGAUUACUUUAUUGAUUGCGAACUCCUGGGCCUGACCUGCUAAUAACUUGUAUGUGGUUUUAAGUGCGUUUAAUGUAAAGAAUGAUUAAUAAGUACUGAAGAAUUUGAUUUAUCGGUUUUAUUACGUUAUCUAAAUAAAUCAUUUGAUGCGUAGCUCAACUGUUUUUGGUAUAAUUCUUAAACUAUUUUCGGAAUUGCAACACAUGAUAUAUUAGGCAACAAUUUUUUUAGCUUGAACCGAAUAAUUAAAAUAAAUACAAAUCAGUCGUAUAAGAACGAUAUUUUCAAAUAAUAGCUAUGUUAAGAAUCAGGAUAUGUAGGUGCAUUACCCUAGGACAUCGCAUAUAUGUCACUUGUUUUUCCAUCUUCAGAUAUUUCCAGAUAUGGUCAGAAUGAAAUAAAUACCUAAAGCCCCGUCUAUUAUACCAUAGCUCAUAGAUUUUCAUUUUCAGCUCAAUUAAACGUAAACCGAUAUUGAUUAGCGUUUUUUAUUACUGCUUAUUCAUUAACUGUUUCCGAUUAUCAGGCAUGUCGAUAUUUUAACGAUCUAUUCAAAGGCGACUCGAUUUUUAAUUACAUACAUCUCGAUUGACUUUAAUUUACUGAUUAAGGAACAUUAUUCCUUUAUUGGAGAAAAGUUGCACGGAAUUAAAAACGAAUAAUCGAUUUUUAUGGAUUGCGCCGCGAUGCGAAUUGAAUAUUUAUCGAUUCCCUGGAAAUUCGGGAGGCUUAUAAAUAAAUUGGGGAUAAAGUGUCUUAAUAUGUGUAUCGGAAUUUCCAAUGAUUUUUUUUUCAUGAUGUGGUUGGGAAAUUGGAGGUCAUUAUUUGAGUUCCACGCGUAUUACGCUUCCUAAAAAGGAGUCCUCGAUUUAAGGGCUAAGACGGCAGACGAAGGAAUAAAUUAUCAGACAAAGGAUGAAUUGGUAUAAACCCCCAGUAGUUAUGUGGUAUAAUUAUGUCCUAAAAUUAUAGAACGGAAAUUGUUGUGUGUGACGGUAUCCGUUUUAGUUGAGAACAUAGCUAAAGUCAUCUACUAGAUAAAACUGUACAUUUCUUACGUUAAAUUCAUGAACAUUCAACUGCUACCGUGGUUCAGUAAAUACUAAAUGGAGCUGAAUAAAAGAGAAAAAUAUUAAAAUUCAUAAAUUAAAUAAUAGGUUCGAUCGCAUAAUAAAAUAUCCUGUCAUAAUAUUGUUAUUAAAACCCUCGUUACUUCGCUCAAAAACUAGUAUUAAGACUGUUCCUUUAGUCUAUUCCAUAGAUAUCAUUAAUAUUUAGAGAAUUUAUAUGCAAAUUAUGGCCUAUUUCUUCGACGGUUAUAACCAGUAAUAUGAACUCUGUGAAAGAUAAAGACGCUGGCACGUAAAUUUUAUCUUUGUUAUUUGUAGAUCUUAUAGAAAGAAAUUAUUGUUUUUUUUCAUAAAUCUUCUAUUACUUUAAUCGAAAAGUUAAUUUUAUUUUUAAGAGCAGAUCUCGACUGUAAAUUUUCUGUAAAACUUGUUCAUUCUGUAAAUAAAAUUUAACAACUCAUACGUAAAGAUAUGAUUUUAAUUGGUAAUUAAAGAAUUGUAUGAACUUUGGUAAUAACUUUAAUUAUGAAGAAAUAUUCGGACAUCAUGGCCAAACCUGUAAAGUCUAGCUUUUUUAGUCAUAAUAAUUAGAUUAACGUGAUUUUCAUUUAUGAAGAAUGUAUAUAAAUAUUUAUUUCUACGUACUUAAACUUUGACACAUUUUUUGUCGUUUUCGACUUAAUUCAAAAUGCUUUAUGUAUAAAUUCGAUUUCUAAUUUAUUGUAUUGUUUUUUUAAGAAACUAAAAUAUCCGCUAUUAUAUCAAUAAAAUCGUUCCUUAUUGGUUUUUCUGCCAUAGAAUUGUAAAUAAACUAGAUUAUGUGUACAUUAGUUGUAUAUAUGUGUGUUAGUCGUGUAUGUGUGUAUAUCACGAACCGGAUUCAGUUUAUCAUAGUUAUUUAAUGAACGAGUGAUACAAAAUAUAUGU